AUGGGCACUUUAGAAGAAGGCUUCAUUGUGCCCUUCUCCUCUGACUCUGAUGCACAUUUUGAUGCUGUGGUUGGACAUUUAGAGGACGUUAUCACGGAUGAAGAUUUCCAGUUAUUACAGAGAAAUUUCAUCAACAACUGCUACCAGGAGUUUGAGGACACCGAAGGGAAUAAACUCACCUACACACCUAUUUUUAAUGAAUAUAUUUCUUUGGCAGAAAAGUAUAUAGAAGAACAGUUGCUGGAGCGAAUUCUUGGCUUUACCAUGGCAACUUUCACAACGUUACAGCACCACAGAGAUGAAGUGGUUGGUGACAUACUCCAAACGCUGCUCACAUUUACAGAUUUUCUGGCUUUUAAAGAAAUGUUUCUGGACUGCAAAGCAGAGAAAGAAGGCCAGAGACUGGACUUAAGCCAUGGUUUAGUGGAGACUUCAUUGUGA